GCUGCUGCUGUCGCUGCUGCUGCACUGGGGGGGCCGCCGGCGGAGCUCAGCGUCCCGCUCGCUGGUGCAAUAGGACAGCUCAGCGCGGCUAGCAGAGGAGCCGGCGGAGAACCCGGGGGUGCAAGUUACCAGGCUUCCCGCAGCUGGAGUCUGUCCCUGGCUGGCUGGCACUGGCCGUCCCCUGGCUGCUGAAGGACUGAACGCACCUCGCUGCCACCCCCAAACAGAUGUGAGCGAGCCUGGAGAACUGAACCCCAGCUCGCAGUCAACAGUGUCCUCCUCUCCCCCGCAGCACCAGAGAGGGUGAAAUAUGUGGCAGCCGGCAACCGAGAGACUGCAGCAUUUUCAGACCAUGUUGAAGACCAAGUUGAAUGUCCUAACUCUUCGGAAAGAGCCUCUUCCUACAGUGAUCUUCCAUGAGCCAGAAGCCAUUGAGCUGUGCACCACAACUCCAUUAAUGAAGACCCGGGCCCACACUGGAUGCAAGGUUACAUAUUUGGGUAAGGUGUCCACAACAGGGAUGCAAUUUUUAUCAGGCUGCACAGAAAAACCUGUCAUUGAAUUAUGGAAGAAGCACACACUAGCCAGGGAGGACGUCUUCCCAGCCAAUGCCCUUCUGGAAAUCCGCCCCUUCCAAGUCUGGCUUCAUCACCUGGACCACAAAGGCGAAGCCACAGUCCACAUGGAUACCUUUCAGGUGGCACGUAUUGCCUACUGCACUGCCGACCACAACGUCAGCCCAAACAUCUUUGCUUGGGUUUACAGGGAGAUCAACGAUGACUUGUCCUAUCAGAUGGACUGCCAUGCUGUAGAGUGUGAGAGCAAGCUGGAGGCCAAGAAGCUGGCUCAUGCCAUGAUGGAGGCCUUUAAGAAGACUUUCCACAGCAUGAAGAGUGAUGGCCGGAUCCACAGGAAUAGCUCAUCUGAGGAAGUGUCUCAUGAAUUCGAAUCUGAUGAUGGCUGACUCAACCCAUUGAUGGUACAGCAAGGGCAGAAAUUGCCUAGGGAAUAGGAGCUGAUAGAUGAAUAAGCAACAACUGAUAUCUGGAAUUAAAAGACGGCCAAACACUUGGCUCACCAGCUUUUUAAAUCAAAAGAGCAAAUCAGUACCUAAAGAUAUGCAUCAUUAAAGUAAUUAUGUUACAUUGAAAUCUGCUGCUGUUGUAAAUGUGAGAAAAAGCUUCCCCCUUUCCUGCCCUCCCCCCCAUUUCACCUCCCCAACCCAUGCACCAUCUAAUCUUUAUAGCCUAGUAUAGUUCAGGUGUACAACCUGAAGUUGAUUCAGUCCAGUUUGCCUUAUGAAAUCCAUCAAGCAAUUUUAAUAGUAGAUUCUCUGGGAUUCAUAGCUCGGAUCUGAUGCUGCUAUGCAGCAGCAAGUGGAAAAGGGAGCCCCUUGGUUCAGAAAAACGAAUCCCUUUCAAUGUCCUAUUGCAAAAUCCUUUGACCUUACCUAGGCUGAAACAGCCAUUCAUAAGCUUUUUGACAAAUGGCCUGACAUUCUGCAGUUUAUUCACAUUUCACAAUUUUUUAAAAAGAUGCUUAUAUUUACACAUUAUAUCAUAUGCUAUCCUUUAUUUUAUUCAUUUUGUCUAUUUUCUUAAUGUACCUGCAGCCACUCGUCUCCCACCAAGCACCAUUAAAUACAAUUUCCAGGAUACCAAAAAGGGGGAAAAAAAUCCAUGAUGGCUGGUAAUACAGUGAACCAGCUCCAUUAUUUCUGCUGAGAGUUGAGUGACCUGUUGCUAAGACCCGUGGUCUUUCACCAGUUGAACUGGGACUUAUGAUCCACCUCAGGUCUGAAGUUAUAUGAACAUGGUAGCCUUAACUCCACAGUAGUCUCCAUCACCAACCUAGUAUAUAUAAUUUGAUGUAGCUGGUACUCCUGGGUCACAAAAGCCAGGGGUGUGUUACCAUAAUAGCAAAGUGUCUCUGACAAUUAAAGGCACUAGUCCUUUUAGAGUCAGGUUUGAAAUGAUUGGUUUGUACUGAAAUGAUUGAGAAGUUCACAUUAAGAUAUCCUGCACUUUUCCUGGUCCACGGACAAAAAGGUUCAUAACUUUUGUAAAGGCAGAAAAAAAAAUCAAAUAAAAACAAAACUUUUGGUUCACUAAAUGUUUUUAAGGCCAAGAGCAGAUGAAUAGUUUGCAGGUAAUGCUGCUCCUUGUUCGUAAUCAUGGUAAUGGUAGGGGCACUAGGGCACCUUACAGAAGCCUUAAAAGAAAGCUAUGUGUCUGUGUUUUAUGUGUGUAUAUAUACACAUUGUGUGAGAGAGCAUAUGUAUGCCUGUGUUAAAAGCAUGUAGAUUGAGCAUGGAGACAUGUUGAGGAGAACCCACGGCUCUUGAAAAUAUGCUUGUUGCUUUCCAAUGUAUGUAAACUAUUCUCCAGCAUAAAUACAUUCAUACUUUAAUAAAAAAUAUGUUUGAGUUAAAGCUAUGAUAGUUUUAGGCUCUGUUUCCAAUGCAAACUCUCUGUUUUUAUUUAAAGUACCUUGGGUUCUGUGUUCCACUGAUGAUAGAUGUUUUACAAACACCAAUUAAACUGAUUAAAAAUUAUUAUAGGCUUAUUUAUAUAUACACCCCUCCCAAACAAUUAAUAGGAUUAAAAUAUUAAUAUAUUUACAUUUAAAACAUUACUUUAGUUUCCAAAAGGGAUAAUGGAAUUUUUUACAAUUUCCUGUUGAGCUGAAUUAUUACUAUCUAAGAUCAGUUUUUAACUUUUAUUUCAAGGUGUGUAGACACCAGUUCAUACUUUCUGCUUUCCAGUAGGUGGCAGAGAUUUUUCUCCAGACAAUGAGUUUAACUUAAGAGCCCUAUCAACCAGAAACAAUAUCUUGCCUCCACUACAAUGGAAUGGUUCAUAUCUGGCAUCAGCAUCCAGUAUGAAGAACAAACAAGCUCAGCAAGUUCCUAGAAUACUUUGGUAUUGAAUCUUUGAGUGCCUGCUGCAGAGAAAUGAUCAAGAGUACAGAACUCUGAGUCUGGAGGGCCUAAAUGUGAUUCUCAAAAUUGAGAUUUCCUUCUCCUCACUAUGGCUAUUAAGAAGUUGGGUUAAUCUGCAGUCUUUAUCUUUGCUUAAAAAAAUAAAUCUGAACUCUGAUAGGCAGGUAUGUCUCUUUAUGGUCAAAGUCAACAUUUCUUCAACUUUGGAUCAAAUUCUGCUCACUUCCUCAGAGUUCUAGCCUGCGUUUAGCUAUUUUUGGACAUUUGGCAGCCAAAAUUGUUGUCACUCAACUUCUCAGAUCCAUUCUCUGGUCCUUUUCAUAGUAACUCCAGGUGUCUCUUUGACAAGAUUCAAUGGAUUCCUCCUGAUUUCACCAUUACUAAUUAUAUACAGUAUCUUACAUGUGUGUUGGCAGGAGACAGGUCCAAAAAGCCAGAGCUUGCAAUUUUAUAAGGCUAUUUAAAGAAAUGUAUCUUGAUUAAGCAUUACAAAAUCUUGAUUAAGCACUAAAAAAGUUGCCAAGCCAUGGAGCCAGAUUUUUACUAAAUGGAGCCCUGAUGAAUGUGUGAUGGAUUUUUGUCCUUUAUAUCUUGUAUCAUUCUUAUAAUGUAUUGGAAGAAGGUUGCCAAAGCUAAAAACAAAACUAUAAAUAACUGAUAUAAUUAAAUAUUUGUAUACCCAGAAGGUAGGACUAGAGAACAUUGCUGUGGGCUGUGCUGUACCAUAUAAUAUUGAGUUUCUGAAUUUUCUGGCACUCAUUUGUUUGUGUCAAAGUUUAACAUCAAUUGUUGUAUUUAAUAGAUUGUUAUGGUCCUAAAGGUUCUCAUUGGGCCAUAUGGCAAAAAAAGUUUUACAUGCAAAUAAAGGGCAGUGACUAAUCCUUAGUAUUUAUUUA